AUGGCGCUUCGAGAACGCUCGAAAUUGAUGAGUGUCACUGUGGACGCCAUCAAAUCUAUCGAAACAUUCGUCAAGGAAUACGAUGCCGAGGUCGAUCAGAGUAAGAUCGACUCAAGAUUAAUGAGGUUGGAUCAAUUAUACGAUCGUUUUGUAAAUGUGUCGAUUGAAGUGGAAUUGCUUAUGGAGGAGCAGGGCGAAACGAAGGCAACGUUUGUAAAGAAGCGCAGUGAAAUAGAGGACUUGUAUUACAAGCUCCGGGAUUUCCUCACGUUGAAUAAGCAGAAUAGUACGCCUUCUAUUCAAGCCUCUCACGUUUCUUCCUCUGUCGUUCGACUACCGAAGAUAGAUCUGCCCACAUUCGAUGGUGAUAUGGAUAAUUGGAUUCCGUUCUACGACGCCUAUCGUAGUUUAAUCCAUAAUAAUAAGGAUUUGGCAGCUGUUGACAAAUUCCACUACUUGUUGGCGGCGCUCAAGGAUCCAGUCAAGCGUCUGCUGGAUACCACGAGCAUAACCGGGGGCAACUAUAAGAUUGCGUGGGAUCUUCUGGUUAGUCGUUACGACAACAAGCGCUUGUUGAUCAAAAAUCAUAUCAGCUCGCUCUUUAAUUUUGAGCCCGUGAGAAAAGAAUCUUCUGCUGCUAUUCUAGCCCUUGUCGACCAUUUCGAGCGCCACGUGAAGAUUUUAACGUCGUUGGGGGAGCCGACCAUGCAAUGGAGCUUGUUGCUAGUGCACAUGGUGUGCAGUCGUUUAGCCAGGGACAAACCUCGUUUCUCUGUGGCUCACACCGCAUCCGUUUCUAAACCGUUCCCACCUAAAUCCACCAGUUGCAUUGUGUGCAAUCAACCCCACCGUAUUUACGACUGUGAGGUGUUCAAACGGAUGCAACUUGACCAAAAGCAAGAUAUAGUGCGGAAGAAGAAGCUUUGCUGGAAUUGUCUGUCGUCCAACCACCUUAGUCGUGAGUGUUCCUCAAAACCCUGCCGGAGGUGCAACGAGAAGCACCACACUCUAUUACACCCGUCCUCCCCCAACGGUCGUGCCACCCAACCCCAAGCAAAACCACCAAUUCGGACUGAUGACGAGUCCGUGAUACCGGCUCUGGUAUCUGUUCCCACUCCAUUUGCCUCAAACACCUCGUCCGCCACCCAACUGCCAUCCACUUCGAAUGCGUUAGCUGCCGCCAGCUCAUCGAAAGCUACCUACUCAACUGUCCUGCUGUCUACUGCCGUGGUGAAGGUCCAUGGCCCUUCCGGAAAGUCCACAUUUGUUAGAACCCUGCUGGAUUCCGGCUCCGAGUCAAAUUUUAUCACCGAAAGAAUCGUUCAGCUUCUGGGUCUACACCGGCAAAAGCGAGUUGCAGUUAUCGCCGGAAUGGGUGGAUCCACUGUGAAUAGUCACCAAUGUACCGUCGCAACAUUCUGUUCCGUUGAUUCCACCUACUCGAAUACUUUGGAAUUCAGCAUUCUCUCCAAGAUUACCAACGAUCUUCCAGGAAGGAUACUCGAUGUUUCGAAAUGA